UCGUCACCAGCCAACAACUUCUAGCAGAAGCCUACGAGCGAAGGAAAGCGUCACGUACCGCGCCGAGCAAGCAGCAAUGGCCAUGGCACCGACCGCCUCCGCCGUCUCCUUCGCCGCCGCGCGCCCCUCGUCGUCGGUCCGUCCCGGCGCCGCCUCCGCCGGCCGCGUCCGCGCGGGCCAGCCCGAGGGCGGCAAGUGGUGGGCGCCGCUGGUCGGCUGGUCCGGCAAGGCCGACUACAUCGAGCCGGCCACGGCGAUGGUCGUCGAGGAGGAGAAGGCGGCCUCCGCGAGGACCUUCGUGGGCGGGCUGACGGAGGAGAAGGCCCGCCAGCUGCGGGCUCGCAUGGUGGAGACCGAGAGCUUCCACGACGCCAUGUACCACUCCGCCAUCGCCUCCCGCCUCGCCCGCUCCUCCUAGGCCGCCUCCGCCGCCGGCCCAACCAACUCGCCGACAACGCAGAUUGCCCGUGCGCAUGUUUGUACAAAGCUGUUGUGUUUCCUCUUUGGAUCUGGGAGUCGUCUCCCCGUAGUUGUUUUUGUUGGGGGAUCGAUGGCCCUUGAAGUUUUAGUAAAUGGAGGAGGGGGUAGAUGAGAGGAGCGGAGGGGUCUGGUUUUAGGGAUCCCUUCGUCUCCGUCUCCCACCGUGAAGCUCCCCGAUCUGCAUUUAGUUUGCUUUGCGUGAUUAGAAGCGCUGAUGUGAUUCCCCCUUGUGUGAUGUUAGAGCAUUUGGGAUCUGGG